GCAACCCUAAAACACUGGGCCGACCCCCAAAAGCUUUGCAGGAAGUUGCGCAAGACGAGCAGCCACUUACAAUGGCGCCUCUAGAUUUGGAUAAAUAUGCGGAGAUCGCCAAACAGUGUAAAUACCUUCCAGAAAAUGACCUAAAGCGAUUAUGUGACUACGUGUGUGAUCUUUUGCUGGAGGAGUCUAAUGUUCAACCUGUUUCUACUCCAGUCACAGUAUGUGGGGACAUACACGGACAGUUUUAUGAUCUUUGUGAAUUGUUUCGAACCGGUGGCCAAGUUCCAGACACGAAUUACAUAUUUAUGGGAGACUUUGUUGACCGAGGAUAUUACAGUUUGGAGACCUUUACCUACUUGUUGGUGCUGAAAGCCAAAUGGCCAGACCGCAUCACUCUUCUACGUGGAAAUCAUGAGAGCAGACAGAUUACUCAAGUUUAUGGUUUUUACGAUGAGUGCCAGACCAAAUAUGGAAAUGCUAAUGCCUGGCGUUAUUGCACCAAAGUGUUUGAUAUGUUAACAGUGGCAGCUCUGAUGGAUGAACAGAUCUUGUGUGUACACGGAGGCCUUUCUCCUGACAUUAAAACCCUCGAUCAAAUUCGGACCAUUGAGCGGAACCAGGAAAUCCCUCACAAAGGAGCCUUUUGUGAUUUGGUUUGGUCUGACCCUGAAGACGUUGACACUUGGGCCAUCAGCCCUAGAGGAGCAGGCUGGCUUUUUGGUGCUAAAGUCACAAAUGAGUUCGUCCACAUCAACAACCUAAAGCUGAUUUGCCGGGCACAUCAACUGGUCCACGAGGGCUACAAGUUUAUGUUUGACGAGAAACUGGUCACGGUGUGGUCGGCUCCCAACUACUGCUAUCGCUGUGGCAACAUAGCCUCCAUUAUGGUCUUCAAAGAUGCUAACACAAGAGAGCCAAAGCUCUUUAGAGCAGUGCCUGAUUCGGAAAGGGUCAUCCCACCUCGAACAACGACACCUUAUUUUCUCUAAGAUGAUAAAAUCCAAAAAGUUCAAUUGUUUUUUGUUGUCGUUUUAUUUUUGUUUUGUUCUUUAGUGCAAAGACACAAGGAGAGUGGCGACAGCACUUGUGAGUCUGUAUGAUUUUUGUAGUGUAAAAUUAAAGUAUUUACAGUGCCAACUAUUGUUUAUUCCCCUCUGUACAUUUAAAGCCAUGUUCAGCAGCUUGAAUCAGAAGCCCUUCACCUCAACCUGGAAGUUUGCGAGAAGCUACAUGAUGUCAAUAUGGGUUUGUUCUACACUUUUAGCAAUAUUCAAGUGGUGGUUUGGUAAUGGAGUAUACAGUAGACAUAAACCAGUCAUAAUUUCUUCAUUUAUGUUCACUUGCAGUCCUUCUGCAAUUCUCUCACUCGCGUUUUAUUUUCAUUUUUCCAAUGUGAAAUUACUUUUAAUAGCUCAGAAAGUUAAAAAAUAACAAAACACAACACCAAAACUUGAUAUGCUGUACAUUUACAUACAUGGUAGCUUAAUCUAGUUAUGUACUUUUAUUAUUAAUAUUUUUUUUUCUACUGAAGUGGCAAUUAACUCAACUGCCUCAGACUUGUAACUCCUCACAGACUUUCAGUUCUCUCUUGGGGCUUAAAUCACAAAAAUAUUUCACUGCUAAGUAAGCUGGAAUCUGUGUGCUGAGGACAACUGACCGUUGUUACAAUGUUCAUAUUUGCAGAUCUGUUUAAUUUACAAUAAAGAUGUAUGAACCAA